ACACAGCAUAGCGAAUACAACGCAAAACAGACGGCAAAAAGCUAACUGAGAAUUCAGCUGCAAAACUCAGCGUUGGCUCGCUCGUUCAAUCGGUUUAACUGGAUUCAAUAGCCUUCCGUCAAUUAGAAUGAACAUUACGGUCGCCAGUUUGCUGUUUCGCAACGCAAGGAAUGCUCAGUCAGGAUACCAAUAAGCAAAAACCAACUCCGCAAUAUUUAUGUGUAUAUGUGCGCCCCGUUACAUAUAAAUAUUUUAAUUUUGUUAAAAGGGUCCUAUUUGAUUGCAUUCGAGGUUUGAGAGGCGAGGAGAAAUGAAUUGGUUGAACAAUGACAACUUUUUGGGAUUUAGCGAAUUAUUCAAAUAAUUUACGAAAAUAUUAAUACAAACUGGACGUUGCAACAAACUUUGAAGUGUGAUUGUAGUUAAUACAUACAGUUAUCGGAAUCAUCUGCUCUGAAGUCGUCGGAAAAGCACAAACUGCAAUUAGAAAUGACGACGACUAGAAAUAACCAGGUGCUGAUGCAUGGACUUAUAUUGGUGACCAUUUUGGCAACUGCCAAAAGUGCGGAAGCAGAAAUUACAAUGGAGGCGGCUUUUCAGGGCCACUGCGGUCACACGAGUCCCUGUGAACAAUUGUGCUAUGAAAUCCACGAUGGCAUGUACGAAUGCGAUUGCAUAGAGGGAUAUGAACUGAAUAAAAAUGGUUACAGCUGCCAAGUUAUUAAUUCCACAGUCAAUCUCGAUGAGCAUUAUAAAUCUGACGAGGAUGUUCUCUACCAAAAGGGUGCAUCAUUUAGCGCCAAGCUAGCUGAUGGCAGCGAUGGCGAUAAUCACAUAUUGCUAGGCUAUGACUCUGCAUCCUCGAUGGCGGCUGACGCACAACAGAUCGGGACGGCCUCUGUUCCAGACUCGUCUUCGAUGGAGGAUGUUGAGGAUGGGCAGGCCGACCACUUUUUUGAUGAGAUUCUGAAACGCCACGAAGGCGGAGCGAAGGUCAAUUCAAACGAUUAUUACAUAUCAUCUGAAGACGUCUAUUUCAGUAAUGGCGAUGAUCCAGAGUUAACUAAUACUAGCCAAGAUGUACCUGAGUUAAAAGCUAAAUUGACAGAACAGACAACGGCACGGGCGGCGGUUAACUCCCGUCGCUUUGUAGUAACCGAUGCCACAACCGGUGAUGAUCCUCCAGCGGUGUCGUCAGAUAAAAAAUCAAAGCGUAUCCGCUUAAAAUCAGACAUCAAGUCUACCACAAAUACAAUGGGCGUCAAUGGAAAGGCACCUUCGGCAUUGAGAAAAUCAACAGACAAUUCAAAUCAGUUAGCAAACUCUUACUCCAAUGACAUAGACAUGGUGGGCAUGCCAAUGUUUGGCGGCAUCUUUGGAAAUCAGCCCAGUCGUCGAACAAGUCAAAGUACAUAUCAGAAUCAAUAUGCAAUAAAUACUAUCGACCUUUCGAAUUCAAAUCAGUAUAGUCAAAAUUCAGCGGGCGAUGCUGCUGCUGAUGUGAUGCAAGAAAGUGGCGAAUUCAUGGCAAUAUCAGAUAAAACGAACAUAUCGAGAGGAGACCACCGGCCGGCUUCUUCAACUUCGCGGACUUGUGAUUUGGAUUGUGGAUCGGAAGGGGUAUGUGAGCGGAAUGAUGACGCCAAUAGAUGUCUGUGCCCCUUUGGCAAGAGCGGUGAUGGUUGUUUCGAGGAAAUAAAAAUCCGAACGCCUAAAUUUUCGGAGCACUCAUGGUUGGCAUUUCCGGCAUUAAGAGGGGCAUAUAAACACGUACAGAUACGUGUCGAGUUCAGACCAGAGUCUUUUAAUGGAGUUAUUUUGUUGAGUGGAGAAAGGGACGAUCUGACUGGGGAUUUUAUGGCACUGCUUUUGAACAAAGGUUUUGUAGAAUUUUGGUUUGACUGCGGAUCCGGUGUUGGCAACGUACGAUCUCGUGAAACUAUUCUGUUAAAUGAGUGGAAUUCCGUUAUCAUUUACCGUCACCGAUGGGACGCUUGGCUGGUGCUGAACCACGGUACCAAAGUACAAGGUCGCUCGAAUGGACUCUUCUCUCGAAUCACUUUCCGUGAGCCUGUCUUUCUGGGCGGCAGCGGAAAUAUCACUGGAUUGGCGAGGCGUUUACCGGUCUACACAGGCUUUAUUGGCUGCAUAAGACGGUUCGUAGCGAACGAGCAUGAGUACAAAUUUGAAGAGCACCCCUUGGGAGAUGUUACAAAAGGUUUUGACAUACAGGACUGUGUAACUGACAAAUGCUUCAAGUACCCUUGCCAGCAUGGUGGCAAGUGUUUGCCAUCCGAUCAGGGUGCUGUUUGCCUAUGCCCAAUUGGCUUUGUGGGCGAUCUUUGCGAAAUACGCAUGGACCUCCAGGUACCAGCAUUUAACGGUUCAUCCUAUCUACGUUAUGCGCCACUUGGCGACAGUGCACUCAUUUGGCUGGAAUUGAAGGUCAUCCUGAAAGCUGAACAUCCCGAUGGUUUAAUACUCUAUUCAGGAUCUGAGAAGCAUGGAGAUUUUAUCGCUUUAUCACUGAGUGGAGGCUUUGUUGAAUUUGUAUUUGAUUUAGGCAGUGGACCUGCUGUUGUUAGGAGUGAGUAUCCUUUGACAAUUGGACAGUGGCAUGCCGUAAAGGUAUCACGAACGGCACGUUUGGCAGUGCUUAAGAUCGAUACGUUCCCAGAAGUAAUGACUAUCUCAUCCAAUGGCUUCUGGCAUCUGUCUUUGCCCGAAAAUAUUUUUUUGGGUGGCGUCAAUCACGAGGACAAAUUACCUUUGGAUCUGCGGUCCAAAGCUUUUUUCGUUGGCUGCAUUCAGAAGAUUGACAUCAAUGGGCACUCUUUGGCUAUCGUAUCGGAGGCGUUGGGUGGCACCAACAUAGGCAACUGCCCGCAUGCGUGUGUCGCAAGGCCUUGUGGUCCUCUUGCCGAAUGCAUACCGCAAAUGGAGAGUUAUGAAUGUCGCUGCAACGCGUUCAGCAGUCAGUGCAACAGGGCAGCUGAAGUGACCAUAGAGGAACUACAAAUCAAUAAGGCGAAGAAGAAAUAUAAGGAACAAAUAAGAAAUGAUAAACAUCAUUACUUGCCCAAGAAAACCAAGGCGAGAGACCGCUCAAAAUUGCAUUUAAGUAAAGGACAUUCCAAGAUUACAAAACUGGCGACCAUGCCCCCCACCACCAACAUCAACCGUUUGGAGGUGCACACAACCCCUUCGAACCAUCCCCACUAUGGGCAUGCCAGUAGACAAAUACAGCCCUGGCAGCCUCCCGUAUUGGACGAAGAAGGAGCUAAUAUAGCCGACAAAGAAGACGAUAUAAUAUACCGCGAUACUCGUCCUUCGGAUGGACAGCAUAACAUCAAUGAGCAACCCUUUGACAACACACAACCCCGUCGAUUCCACAAUAACAAAGAAAAGAAGGAAGGACGAAAACACACAUCAAAUUUUAAGGCAAGCGACUUCCUAGGGAAGCAGCGAGACAAUACGAAAGUCCGCAGCAAGAGUGAGCAUUACCAGAAAGACGACUCAUUUAAUUUGAAGCUGAGCAGAUUGCCAACGCAUUACGAAAGCUUCCAAACGGACCCGGAAGUAGACAUUUUGACGUUCGACGAUAAUGUUGAAGUCGAAAUUGGUGUAAAUCAAGGCUCGGAUUAUGUUAGCAUGCAAGAUGAUUACAAUGCAGCGAAUGAUGGCAUUUAUAAUGGCAAUGGUGGGGAGGACAAAGAGGAUAUAAAGAGUAUGUCCUUCGAUUGGAAAUACGAUGAGUAUGGCAGCGACCGUAGACAUGCUCAUGACGCCAUGAAUGAAGAAACCAAAUCCGAACCGUUUUUAGUCGACGAAAGCCUAUUUGACCCGAAAGACAGUUCCGAAGACUACCACCGCAAAGAACUGGUUCAAGAUAUGCGACGCAUACUUGCCAAUGGCCCAGAAGACGUGGGCAAUAAAAAGGAGCUGAAAUUAUUUGUAGAUGAAUACGAUUAUGAAAAAGAUGAAGACAACAGCCAAGAAGGCGGAAGGAAGCUUGUUGUUCAAGAUAGAAACAGUGAAGUAAAGAAUUUGAACAUAUCAGAUGGAUUUGGUUUAGAUUUUGGAGAAACAAAUGACGAUCUGCUGGAGCCGGUGCAAACAGUGGCAGUUGAAAAGGUCACAGUAGACGAACAAAACAAAACAUUCACUGCACCAAGUACUCAAACCGAUUGGAGUCUAUUGAAAAAGAUGCAGCUAUCGCCCGAUCACCAAAGCGAAUUCGUCGGCGUGCGAAAAAAUUUCGGUGCGUGCUUUGCCGGAGAGAACAGCUAUUUCCACUAUAAUGACGCAGAGACUAUGGGCCAGGUCAUCAGCUAUAAUGUAGACUUUAAUUUACGCAUCAAAACACACUCACCGAACGGGGUAAUACUGUGGACAGGACGACAAAUUACAACGCAGGACAAUGCCGACUUUUUGUCUUUGGGAAUCGAAGAUGGUUAUCUACAUUUUCGCUAUGAUCUAGGUUCUGGAGAAGUUGAUAUUAAAUACAAUACGAGCCGAGUUAGUGAUGGCCUUUGGCAUAGGGUUCGGGCAAUCAGAGACUCCCAAGCUGGUUAUUUGGAAAUGGAUGGAAGAAAAACAUCAGCCCAGUGUUCGCCUGGUAAAUUGAAGCAGUUGAACACAGACACAGGACUAUAUGUUGGUGGCAUGCCGGAUGCGAUUUAUUUUACACGACGGAAAUAUGCAAGCGGUUUUGUUGGUUGCAUCUCGGAGAUCGUGCUGGCCGGCGAACUCAAACUGAACUUUGACCCAAACACGGUGGGGACGGCACACAAUGUCGAGACGGGAUUGCUUUGAAAUACCGUCAUAAGUACGUAUCAGCAACGGUCAAUACUCCUGACAUUAGUUUAAUGUUCUGUUUUGCUUUGAAAAAUAGUUGAGUUUGUACAAAGAGAUAAUUUUACAUUUUUUUUUAUAACUAAAUCAAAUUAGUUGAACUUAGAUUGUAGCUAACUAUUUACACGAUGUACUUAUGGAUACAAAUGGACACUACUGAAAUGCACACAAACAUAUACAUAGAUGCCUACAUACAUACAUACAUACACACACACAUGCAUACAUAGUAUAUUUUAAAGAAUGCUUCACUUAAGCCUUUGACUGUCAAUAUUUAAAAACGAAACCAAUCAAACACCACACAAAAAAGCAGAUCAACAAAAAAAAACAAAAAAAUUAUUAAGAAAUUAAGAAGGCUAAUUUGCAUCGCAUUUUUCUACAGAAAAAAAAAACCGCUAACAAUACUAAAUAAAUAAAAAAUUAAAAAAAAGACGGUAUGUAGGAGUAACGGUACUGCAUGUUUGACGUGAAUUUCCAAAAGGAAAGGCACGUUUUUGCAUAGAAAGGGGAUUUCGAAAAUCGAAAAUCGAAAGUCUAAAGUACUGUAAUUUGUAUGUAAGUAGAUAUUGAUGUAAUCAUAUACACACAUAUGUAUGAAUGUCUGCUAAAGAAAAGCCGAUAAUAUAUAUUUAAUGUUGUAGUGGUAGUAGUAAGUUAACUAAAAUGAAGAACUAUGUAUGUAUGUACGAAAUAUUAGAAGAUAUCAUUUACGAACAAAAUAUAAGAAAUAUGUAACGAAAAUAUAUUUAACAAAAAAAAACAAA